GGGUACAAUGUUUUCUUUGCUUUCGCUAAUACAGAAAGAUUACCCAAAUGUACAAUGUUUCGGAGACCGUCUCAUACUGAAUUUAAUACUAGACCCAGUGACAGUUAAUACAUUUAUAUAUCUGGGAUGGAGGCAGAGGUAACUUAUGCAAAGUUUAUAUUUCUCAUCCAGACUGCAACGUCUACGAAAUUUCUCACGUGACGUUACAAUUGUCACACAACUUUGUAAAGGUGUUUUACUACGCACAGAUGAACUAAACGCUACCCAAUCUAUGACGUCAUGUUUCAACAUGGUGAACUGCGCAAUGCAUGUGAACUUCAGAACCAUCAAGACAACCCUUACAUCGUAUGCAGAACGCAUGUAUACAGACAAACAUGAAUGGGUUUUAAUUGAUGGGAAAAUGGGCACAGUUGGAAUCUCUCACUAUGCACAGGAUGCACUUGGUGAUGUUGUAUAUGCACAACUACCGGACAUAGACACUGAGAUUCUAAAGAAAGAUGAAUGUGGAGCUCUAGAGAGUGUGAAAGCUGCUAGUGAGCUGUAUAGCCCUGUAUCAGGCAGAGUUGUAGAGAAGAAUAUUGCGGUAGAGGAAACACCUGCUCUUAUAAACCAGUCAUGUUAUGAAAAAGGUUGGUUGUUCAAGAUUGAACUUAAAAAUCCAGAUGAACUAAAGGAAUUAAUGACAGAAUCUGAAUAUGAGAAUUUCCUUAAAACUGAUGCCCAUUAAUGAGAUCAGAUAUAUUAUUUAAACCAUUUCAGGGAGUUUAUCCAAAAAUUGUUUUUAUGGGAGGUGUUUCUCUGAAAACAUGUUGCACUGAAAGACCAUUUAAUUUAUUCUCUUCUCGCAUAAUACAAAAUAGAAUGUUAUAGAUAAAAUUCAUUAUUAUUAUUUUUGCAACCUUCUGUUUUAUUGUUGGAAUAGAAACCAGAUUUAAAGUAUCUUUUUCAUAUUGCAUGUCUUUUGUACAAAUCCAUUGAUGUGUGAUAGCAUUUUGAAAUUCUGUGAGGAGCUAAUAUGAAUAUUCACGUACCUUAAGGUCUUUUGUUCUGCCUCUAACCGUCUUGCAAUGGAUCUUGUAAAAAUGCAAGGUUAGGUUAGGAGCCGGUUUCUGCAGGACUCAUAUUAUUCUGAGUUUAAACUUUCUGGUCAUGUGGAUCUUGCGUUUAUGCAGGAAUUAUUUUGUGGAAGAGUGGAAUGUCUGUCGACAAUAUGUAGAAGCUUUUACUUAUAUUAAAUAUAAUUUCUUCCAUUAGAUGUCACAAAUAUCUUUAUUUUCAAAGUUAUGCCAAUUUGAUGGUAUGUUGUUUUAAUAAGGUUAUUAAGUGGUAGCCAUGGCUUCUUUCAGACAUAACAGAUUACAGAUAGUAUACCUUAUUUGCAGAUUUUAAACUGUAUAGUGAAUGUAAGGAUAGUAUGUAAUCUGUCACUUAAAAUUAAAUUGAACAAAAUGGUGUCCAAAUUUAUUUAUUCAACCAAGGAAUUUCUAUUAACAGAAAUUAUGCAGCAACAGGGUUAAUUGUAUUCUGUGUUUUUUUCUAGGUAUAUUUUGAUAUAUUUGGACCAUUUAAUUUCAAAUUAUUCAUCUCCUUGAAUGUUAAUUAUAUUAAUUUUUUUAGUGUUUACGAAAGGUUUGCGAAACAUUGCAGCAUAUUUUGAGUGCCAUAAUAGGAUAAAUAUUAUUAUAAAUCUGUGUAGAUUGGUUGACACUAGGUCAAAUACAUAAGAAUUUGGGGAUAGGGGAAGAUAAUAUUAAUAUACAAGCAGUUGUGAUAUUUGACUCUGAUGGGCUUACAUGACAGAGGUUUCAUGUUCCAUGUUUUGGGAUAUGUAAAUUGUUGUAUUUUCAAUUUGUUAAUGCAUGUUUUCUUAUCAUUUGUUGAUGACACAUUAUUACUAGAACUGAUACACACGAUUAAUAUUAAAGAAUGUUGGAGUAAUUUUUGUUUUGUAAAAGGAAGUCUAUAGUCUGUAGACUAUAAUUUGGGAUUGUAUAACGAUACAGAAUGAAUUUAUAUUCCCUCUAAAAUCACUUAGUAGAUCUUAAAUAUUGUACUCGAAUAUACUCAUAAUUUCUAAGAUUAUGUUUUUGUGGGUUUUAUAGACAGGUAUUUUUAUAUGUUAAUAAAUGUUUAUUAAAGUUGUUGAAUUUAA